GCAUACGCAUGCGUGAUGUAUGUCAUCGACCACGUGACUAAUUUCGACAGACUUGUGCUUCGAUAUUGCCUAUCCAGAGUUACAUCUUAAUCCUCGUAUCUACGAUGUUAGAAAUCGCCUUGAGAUCCCGGCGGAGAAAUAAAACACUCACAUUUGAAUAAUUCGGCCAAUUGACAAAUGCGAUUGAUUCAGUCCUUUUCCAUCUCGGAACAAUUUCUUGCAUUGUAGACGCAAAGGCUUUAUAAAUGAUUUAUAUGGGGAACCAUACAAAUUACUUACGUUUUUUAUCACUUAAAUAUUAAAUAUUAUACUUAAAGUAAUGAAACAUCUCUCGGCAUAGCUUCGCCAUCGUAAGUGUCCGAUCGCGCCAUCUUGGCGUGUCACCGGCAAGCUGGACGUGCGUUCUCGCUUGCCUUUCCGGCUCCGGGCCAUUUCUGAUCUUCCGUUGGAGGCCGCAAACAAAACGCUGCGUCCCCUAACCUGGGAGGUCUUCGGAAGUACGGGGUACGUGGCGUCGGCGUUGGCGACGGCGUCCUGGUUGUGGUGGUGGUGGUGUCGUCGCGCGUCGAGUUAGCACAGCGUCCACGAUGGACGAGGACGUGGUGGAGAUCGAGAACGUGGAGAGUGUCUGCAGACUGUGCCUUUCUACGGACGAGCCUAGAGCCUCGGUGUUCGCGACACAGGAGGAGGAGGAAGAGAAGGACUUGUCCAGCGUGCCGCUGGCCGCCAAGAUUCAGGCCUGCCUGUCGAUCCAGAUUUCAGCGACCGAUAAAUUGUCUACACUGAUAUGCACAAAUUGUGCGAAAAGGGUUAAUCAGUGGCAUAUUUACAAAGAGUCGUGCCUGCGAUCCCAAGACACACUGCAAAAAUGGCUGACAAAUCAAAUGCAAUUAAAUCCUACGGUUAUCACGAUCAAGGAUGAACCAAUGGAUUUUGAUUAUGAAGAUAAUGUAGAAAUUAUCUCAGAGGUCACCAAUAAUUUGGAACAACCACAUCCACCGACUAAUACAGUAGAGAACAAUGAACCUAAUGAGGAAGUACAAGAUGUAACAGAUAACGAUGCGAAUGAUAUUGACAAUAGUGGUCCUGAACCAAUCUCAUCUGAACCAAUCUCAUCUGAACCAAUCGCAUCUGAACCAAUCGCAUCUGAAUCAAUCUCAUCUGAACCAAUCUCAUCUGGACCAAUCGCAUCUGAACCAAUCUCAUCUGAACCAAUCGCAUCUGAUUCUGAACCAAUAGCAUCUGAAUCAAUCUCACCUGAACCAAUCGCAAAGGAAAAGGAGACUAACAAGGAAGAAAAUCAAACGGAUCAGCCGGAUCCUGUAAUUCUGCAUUCCAUUAAAAGCGAACCGCAGGACGAGGACGAUACCGAUUGUACCAUAGAAGUAGAAUCCACGAAUAGCAGCGAGUUGUUGUUGAAUCCCAUGGCAGUCAGUGGAACAGAGGACACGGUCAUGGAGGCUGAUUCCACGCAGAAGUCUAACGCGGCCGGCGCACCGGCCAAAAAGAAGUUUCGACGCGGUCCUCACACACACUUCAGAGGAACGCGCGUUUUCAAGCAGAAGUGCACGCACUGCCAGAUAUUUUUGCACUCUAAGUACACGUACAUGAAGCACAUGAAGAGAUUCCAUAGUAAAGAGAACGGUAUUGAGCAUUCAGAGGCGCAGAACGACGAGGAGGAGAUGAUCGAGGAUUUGGAAGAUGAAUUGGUCAGUAUGGAGAAGGACUCGCCGUUGACGCCAGUCCAACAGGAGAUUAUUAGUCAACUGAAAACUUUUUCAUGCUACUCUUGCGAGCAGACGUUUAACGAUCGACGUAGUACUCUUUCUCACAUACGUCAACAUAUGCCGGAUCUGAGGCCGUACACGUGUAUCGCUUGCCUGACCGAAUUUCCAGACCGAUCGAUGUAUCAGUUACACUGCGGAGCCUCCUUCGAAUGCGCCAUGAAGAUCGCCCUAGUUGUGCCGAAACACGGUGACGAGCGAUACUUCACGUGCAAUAUGUGCUUGCGCUCAAUGCAAGGAAGGAAGGAGUUGCUCAGUCACUUGUCGAAGCACUCUGACAAGCAGUACGAGGAAAUGAUAUCGCCAACGCGAGCCCCGCCGAAGCUGAAGCCUAUGGCGCCAUUGCCAUCCACGAAAAACAGCAUUCCCAUUAAGAGCGGACCUUACAAGAACGGCGAUCCGGCGCACAAUCAUGCCUGCGAUCUGUGCGGCAUGAUCUAUCGUUACCGACCCAAUAUGAUCAAACACAAGGAGAUGUGUAUGCAGUUGGACCCAGAUAGCAGAACUUUGUACAAAUGCGUGCAUUGUUUCAUGACGUUCCUUGUGUUCAAGAAGUUCCACUAUCACGUUACGGCCGAUCACAAGAAAAAGGAUUUCACUUGUGCCGUGUGCUUUUCCAAAUUCCGAUCGCCCAGCGAUUUCCUGACUCAUCACGAGAGCCAUCGCGCGACAAUGCAGGGUAAUCGGCCAGUGCAGCAUGACGACGCCUCGCAGAGUGCAGAUCAAACGGCACUGAAGGGAACUAAUACCAAGCAGCGAAUCAGUCAACGAAUGUCAAGUCAGAAGUACAGCUGUCCCCUCUGUCCCCAGGCGUUCGCCACGAGGGCUGAGUUGAACGAGCAUCGGACUCUUCAUCUCAAAAUGAAGAUAUAUUCGUGCGCCAUUUGCCGCAGCUUGUUCAGCAGCGCCGGUGCCUUGGAGAUCCACAUGAAGGAUCAUGGUAUCGAUGACCUGAGCGAAAGGACUGCCAAUAUCUCCUGCGUGGAGUUCGGCACCUUGGACGAGGACGUGAGGAUUGAGAAAGAUCCAAUAAAUGCCAGUGCCAUUUCAGAUCCCGGUACGCAGAAUCAUCAGUGUGGCGAGUGCGGUAAGGUGCUAACCAGCUACGCUAAUCUCCGGCGACACGCUAAAAUCGCCCAUCGGAACACGAAGAUCUACGACUGUGUUGAGUGCUCGCGAAUGUUCAUGCGUAAAGAUCUGUACGAUUAUCAUAUGCGGAUCAAGCACAACUCCAAGAAGUCAAUGCUGCAGUGUCCGCAGUGCCCUAAGAGUUUUUCCAUCGAAACGAACUUCAAUUAUCACUUCCGUACCGCCCACCUCGAGAAAUCGCAGAAUGGUUACGCCUGCGAUAUCUGCGGCAAAGUCUUCGUCGAGGAGGCGUCUUUGAAAAUACAUAAGGGCUGGCACAAUCGCGCCAACUCGCGUCUGAGCACUCGAUUUAUACUGGGCAAUCAGAAGGCGUCCAAUCAGAACGCGCAGAAGGAAUCGAACAGCAUUGAGUCUGCUGAGAAUUCAGUACGGCCGGCGAGAGCACGAAAGUCCUUCCCUAAUCCUCCACUUCAAUCACCAACGAAGACAGCGGGAAAUUUCCAGUGUCAAGUAUGCAAUGACCAAUUCAACGAUGUCACAGAGUUGAGGACCCAUUUGUGGGACGUCCACUGUGCCCGCAACAAACAGGAAAAAAGUUUCUCCAAUGACGAGCUUCAAUGCGAACUCUGCACGAACAUUUUCCCCGAUCAGGCAACCCUAGCGUCUCAUAUGCAAUGGCACAAGGCCAAUCCUAUUCUCAGUGACAUACAAAAGACGUUCUCCUGCGAUGUAUGUGGCAAGUCUUACAGUUCGAAGAAGGUUCUGUGGAAGCACAAAAGGCUUCACAAGGCUACCGCUGUAGCCUCGAUCAAGUUCCAAUCUUUAGCCAGAAAACCGAUGGCUACACAAUUCCUGUGUAACUUCUGCCGCAAAACCUUUUCAAGCAGCCAGUCUUUGCAACGGCACAAGCUCACCUUUCAUAGUGAGCUACAGACUCAACCACGCGGGCAGCAACAGUUGUACAACAGCAAUCGUGCAUUGUCGUUGGAGGACGAGCCGCGGGCGAAGCGCAUGAAAUUCGAGCUCGAAAAUGACAAUUCGCAGACCAAGUUGUCGCCUUUCGCCAUGGACUUCGCCGGUGAGAGAAGGAAGCCGGUUAUGUGCCAUGUUUGCAAGAAAAUGUUCCCUAACAUGAGCGUGCUGUACAAGCAUAAGCAAACGGUCCACAAGGCUCGCGGGAGAAAAGAUUUGACGCUCGAGUGUAUACCGAUGUCGACUGAGGAGGGCAAGUUUUCAUGCAAUAUCUGCUACAAGGAAUUCCCCGGUCUGUCGAAUCUGCGACAACAUUUCACGAUCAAGCACAAGAAGACAGCUGAAGCUAACGUCAGCGCGCCAAUGACAACGAGCAAUGACAGAUUGACGAUCUCGUCACCCGAACGGCCAAGGGACUACAACCCCGAGAUGGUCUACAAUAAUGUGAUGUACAGCUGUAAGCUGUGCAAGCAGUGCCACGUCUUCAAUAAGGAGUCUAUCAUGAGCCAUAUCACCAAUGUGCACAACGCAGUGUACCAGGCCGACAGUAAGGCGUUCCACAGGGAGGUCAAUCUGGGCACAUACGUAGUGAAGGACGCGAUCGGAGCUACUUGCCCGCGAUGCGAUGUCAAAUAUCCCAACAACAGGGCUCUGAAGAUACACUAUAUUAAGUUUCACGAGAAUGCCGAUUAAAGUCUGGACAUUGACUGCGUCAGGCAGCAAGAAAGGUUUUCUAAUUCUGACCAUAGAAAUCGAAAGAUCAUGAUUCUCUCUGCAUGCUUGGGUGGUAUGUUCCUGAGGUUGCAUCGAUUCUGAUGCAUAAUAUUCUGAUUUUCUUAAUGAAUUGAACGAUAUUGUUUGUAACGAUAUUAUACUUCCAAUCCUUGCGAUAAAUUUUGAAUCAUUAUGAUUAAAAUCUAAUAUCAUACAAAUAUUGUUAAUAAUUUUGUCGAAGAAGACGAAUACGUUGGUUUUAGAUACAGGAGGUGGGCUAUUUUAAUUGCACGCAUCAAAUAUUUUGGUUUUUUUUGUUCUAGAAAAAAAUGUUUUCUAGCAUGAAAAACGACUGAGAUAUGCAGAGUGUGCAAUUAAAAUUGGUUAUCCUGUACAUAUUGUUAUAUUGAUAAAGCUUUCAUUUUACGAAUACUUCUACGGGCGACGAUUUAUCGCGAAUAAUUUGUUACCUAUUUCAUAUAGCAACGGUAUAACUGCGACCAAUGAGAUGUGUAAAUAUUGAAGCAGUAGAAAAAGCUAUAUAUAUAAUGAGUUCAUAAAAACAUGGCAGCCUCUUGGUUAUGAUAAGUUGAUCGCUGCAAUCAGAUGUGUUUAGAUCGUCAAUUUUUUCACGAGAUUAUACUUUUAAUACGUUUGUUCACGUGCAUCAUGUUACCGUUUCGAUUUAAUUUAACGUAUGUAUAUGUUUUCGUUUUUUUUUUAAAUGAGUAGAAUAAUUUAAAAACUAAUUAAACAUUAUUAUUAAUCGACAUUUUAGUAUAUUUCUCAGUAUCUUUGCUUGGUUGCAGCGAUAAUAACGAUAACCACCUUGGGGAUACUGCAGCGAUCGCUUAAAAGAGUAUAUAAAAAUAAUCAAAAUUGAUCUCGAGCCGAAAACUAAUUUCACAGUGUUUCUUGGUGUAUAUAAAAGAGAAAAAUAACAUUUAUAAUGCCGAGAAGUGCUGGGAAAAUUACUAAUAACAGUAAACUAUCGUACAAAAUGUGUACUGCAUACGUGAUAUGUUUCAGUUUUCCUUAUUUUAAUACGAUCAGACUUAUAUAUUUUUAAUACAUUUGUACAUUCAUGCUCAUUUUCAGAUGCAUUUUGCGUACAAAUUCAUACACACCACAGUUAUUUUUAAUAAAGAAAUAUAAACAUUUUUUAAAUCACUCUUUGUCUAAUCCAGAAUCGACGACGAAGACGCGGUGAUUACUGAACAAAACAAAAACAAAAAUACAAAAAAAUGAGGCCAGUAAGCACCGUGUCCUCGUCGUUAGUUCUAAAUUAGACAAAGAGUGAUUUAAAAAAUUUGAAUAUACAAAUGUAUAAAAAUAUAUACAAGUUUGAUCGUAUAGAAAUAAGGAAAACUGAAACAUAAUGUCACGUAUGCAGUACACAUUUUGUACGAUAUUUUACUGUUCUUAGUAAUUUUUCCAGCACUUCUCGGCAUUACAAAUGUUAUUUUACUCUUUCAUAUACACCAAGAAACGCUGUAAAAUUUCUUAGGAUCGAGGCCAAUUUUGGCCAUUUUUAUAUAACCUCCUUUCUUUAUCUACUAUACUAUACAUACAUUGGGUAUAAUUAUAAUUAUUAUUACACAUGGUAUGCAAAUAAAAAUCGUGAUUAUCUUGCUUAUAUAUAACGGUAUUUAUUAAGAAUUUCCUUUCAUUGAUUCGAUUGUUUUGUUUUCGCUUAAGUUACGUCUUUGCCAUUCCUCUCGUUCUUUCCUUCUACUUUCUCUAGCUGAUUAUGCGAUGUGUUAGAUUAGUUUUAUUACUAACUGCGUACUUGUCUACUUGUAUUUGCAAUGUAUGAAUUAUUAGCAAUAAAAGAAGAAAAGGAA